CUUCAUAUAUCUUACCUCUUUUCAUAGCUAUAAUAAAAAGGAGUAUUAGUGAAGAAUAUUGUGCAUGGUAUCUUGUUAUUAUUUGCUACUUUUAUGAAAUGGAGACUUCAACUCAAUUUGCUUUCACUCUUCUCUUUCUGUUUCUCUUUCAUUCCAUAAGAGGUUCAGAUUCAGCCACAUUUACAAUUGUAAACAAGUGUAGCUACCCCGUUUGGCCGGGGAUUUUGUCCGGUGCCGGGACGGCACAGUUAGUAACGACUGGUUUCGCCCUACAAUCGGGCGAAACCAAUGUUAUAGCUGUGCCGACGGCUUGGUCAGGCCGCAUAUGGGGACGAACAUUAUGCUCAACAGACUCCGCCGGAAAAUUCUCAUGCGCAACCGGAGAUUGCGGUUCUUCCAAAGUAGAAUGCACUGGUAGUGGCGCAGUUCCACCAGCGACACUUGCGGAGUUCACGUUAAACGGUGCAGGAGGGAUGGAUUUCUACGACGUCAGCCUUGUAGACGGUUACAACCUUCCCAUGACUAUUGAACCGCGUGGCGGCGUCGGCAACUGCACGACGACGGGUUGUACGGCGGACUUGAAUGAAGCGUGUCCGACGGAGCUGAAAGUGAAAAUUUCAGUGGAAGAAGAAGAGAGCGGUGAGAAGAGCGUGGCGUGUAAAAGCGCGUGUGAAGCUUUUGGAGAUCCGUUGUAUUGCUGCAGUGGCGCUUAUGCAACACCACAGACAUGUAAACCAAGUGCGUACGGGCAGUACUUCAAGAACGCGUGCCCACGCGCUUAUAGCUAUGCUUACGAUGAUGGAACUAGCACCUUCACUUGUUCUUCCGCGGAUUACCUCAUUACUUUCUGUUCUACACCUUCCAAAAGUAAGUUGAUAAAGUCAGGAGGGAAUGGAAAAUUCCCAUUUGGAGUGGACAUAUGGGCAGGCGACGGGAAUGGGCAUGGUGAUGAAUCAACAAGCAAGGUGAUGAUGACAUUAUUAAUUGGCGCUGUUCUAACGACAAUUUUGUGACCAACAACAAACCAUUUCAUGUAUAUUCACUACAAUUUACUGUAAAGAAAAGAACAAAAAGUAAUGUGUUUUAGAAUUUUAAUUCAUUUUCAAAUUAGAUCAUUGGUAGGGUUCAUAAAUAAUAUAAAUCUAUUGAGAUCAGAUGAAAAA